AUUACCUAGGGCGGAAUGCCACUGGAUUCUGGAUUGUGCUUGUCUGGAACAUCGGAAAUGGCCUUAGCUGGUUUUUUUGAAAACUAUAUGCUUGAAGAAAAUGAACUUCCAUUAAAAGUUGCAGCCGUAAGCCGUUGCUUUAGAGCAGAAACAUCUGGAUUAACAGAAGAAAAAGGUAUAUACAGGGUCCACCAAUUCACCAAAGUUGAAAUGUUCUCAAUAUGCAGUGCGACCCAGUCGGAACAUAUGAUUGAAUGUUUUAAAAAUUUGCAAUUGGAACUUUUUAAAAAGUUAGGCCUUAAACUUCGACUCUUGGAUAUGCCUCCAAAUGAACUAGGUGCUUCCGCAUAUCAAAAGUAUGACAUUGAAGCAUGGAUGCCGGGACGUGCAACAUGGGGAGAAAUUUCGAGCUGCAGUAAUUGCACUGAUUACCAAGCAAAACGCCUUAACAUCCGAUAUAGAACUAGAGAAGGUGAUAUUAAAUAUACACACACCGUCAAUGGAACCGCAGCAGCGAUACCAAGAUUGUUAAUAGGACUGCUUGAGACCCAUCAGGUCGAUUCCAAUAUAAUUCAAGUGCCUGAAGUUGUUGCCAAGUACAUGGAAACCGAUAUAAUUUCUAAAGCAAAAUUUAUUCCCGAAAUUAAACUUAUUAAGCAUUUAAAAAAUGAUAUGUGAAACGAGUGGACAAAAUGAUGAAAUAAAGCUUGUUAUAAUGUAAA